AUACUAACUACGUACCAACCAAGCAUUCCUCAUCUUCAUGCAUUGACCCAAAAAAAAAAAAUGGCAACACAAGCCGCCGGAAUCUUCAGCCCCGCCAUCACCACGGCCGCAUCCCCCGCCAAGAAGCUCCCACUCUUCAACACCCACCGCCCAAAAUCGCUCUCCUUCUCCAAAACCGCAAUCCGCGCCGAGAAAGCCGAAUCCUCCGCCGCCGCCGCCGCCGCACCGGCCGCGAAGGAAGAAGCUCCGGUGGGAUUUACCCCGCCGCAGCUGGACCCAAACACGCCGUCUCCGAUCUUCGCCGGGAGCACCGGCGGUCUCCUCCGGAAAGCCCAGGUGGAGGAGUUCUACGUCAUCACAUGGAACUCCCCGAAAGAACAGAUCUUUGAGAUGCCCACGGGAGGAGCCGCGAUCAUGAGGGAAGGGCCGAACCUGCUGAAGCUGGCGAGGAAAGAACAGUGUCUGGCUUUAGGUACGAGGUUGAGAUCCAAGUACAAGAUCAACUACCAGUUCUACAGGGUUUUCCCCAACGGCGAGGUUCAGUAUUUGCACCCCAAGGACGGAGUUUAUCCGGAGAAGGCGAAUCCGGGAAGACAAGGCGUGGGACAGAACAUGAGGUCCAUCGGCAAGAAUGCCAGUCCCAUCGAAGUUAAGUUCACCGGCAAACAAGUUUACGACUUGUAAGAUAUCGAUGAUAUUUCAUCAUGGAUCAAGGUUUAAUGAUGUAAUGUCUGUGUUUCUUAUAUUGUAUGGUGCUUCCGUUUUUAAUGUCUAAAACUUUUACAUGAUUGAAUGGCGUGUGUUCUGUUA